AUGACAACCCGACGAUCUGCUUUCAGGCUACCCAAUGCCCCCGAAAUGCUACAGAAAAAACGUGCAACGAAGAAAACGCUAGCCUACGCUAUAAAGGGAACCACCGAAGCGGACAACAGUCUGGAAAAUUCGAGAGACGUAAGAAACCCAAAGACGACACAAAAAAACCAACUCAAGCAUAUCAACAAUUUCGCUUCUUUACCAACCACUGACGAAACCUUACCAAAAGUGCCUGUAUCUCAACGUAGACGCAAACUAACUGCCAAGAGACAGAAUUCAAAACGUGCACAAGAAAUUUCCGAACAAGCAAAUAGAAACAAACGUGACAAACAAGCUAAGCAGGCUGAGCCAAAGAAACACGCAAAGGACAAACGAAAUGUCAAGUUUCCAGAUCUCUUCGCAGCCGACAUAUCAUCGGAUCCGCGGACUAGUAAAUACAGUGCCGAAAUGUCACAGAUAAAGAAAGUGAACGAUACUCUACUUGACACUGCCAAACACGUUAGUGAACAUCAAACCGUGCUGGGUGAUAUACAAACUCAGACCGACGUGUUGAAAGAUCAACAGAGAGAACUAGUAGAAGCCAUCGAAGAGUUACGCGGUCUCUCUCAACUGCAGGAACAAGUCACAAAGUUGAAAGAAACUCGCGACAAGGAGAAUGUGAACGAUCUAGAGGCGGCCAAGUUCAAGGGGAGUUCAUCGACUCAGAGGGACACGAAAAAAUUGAAUCAAAUCAAUCGACCAACCCCAUUGCUGAAACAAGCGAAGGUCAGCUUACAUGGGUCAACACGCAGUACGACGGCACGAUACCUGAACAUUAUAAACCACGUCACACGGAAUCCGAAGGUGAAACAGAAGUGGUAUGAUACAGGCUACAAUGGAGAAGAAGGAACUUUGGAAAAGAUAAAAAACACUUUAACGGUGAUAGCGGCGGAUUCGACUUCUUCUCAAAAGGGUAAAAGAAAGAUAGAAGAUGAAACACAACAGUUUCGGUCACAACCAAAGCCAAAGAAAGUGAAACAAACUACGCUGUUAGGAGAUGUGAUAAUGGAUGUUUCCAAACAAAAAUACGAGAAUCCAAGAGACACUGACAUUUAA